CAACCUAUCGUGCUUCUGUAAGGCAUGUAUGGAUGGAAUUGGUGUUUGUCAAAAUAAAGUAUAUGUGGAGCCAUGGAAAGAGUCCUGUAUUGGAGUGAACUCAAAUCAAAACAAUGAAGAGAAUCUUACAGACAAACAAGAAAACCAAGAAGACAUGGACAAUCAAGAUGAUGAUGAUGAUGAUCAGAUUAACAGUAACAAUGAAGAUGUCAAUAAUAGACUAGAGAAAGUGUCUUGGUCUGUGGGCAGUUGGGUAUUGGUAGAAUACGAUGGCAACUAUUAUCCAGGUCGUGUCAUCACCAAGCUUGAGACUGAGACUGAAGUUGAGUGUAUGAGCCGAAGUGGACCUAACUGGAAGUGGCCUGCAAGACGUGAUGUUGCCUGGUACACCAAAGAACAAAUAAUUAGACAGUUAAAUGCACCUGUACCUAUCUCCUCUAGAGGAAUAUGUGUGUUCGAAAAUCUAUAAAAAAAAAAAAAGAAAUUAAAACAGUAUUGAGUGUUAAUAAUUAUAUAACAAAAAAAGUUG